UCUUCCACAUUUAACUCAACCCCUCUGAAUCAGAGUACAGUGGCAAAUUGGCAAGAGACACACAGAAAUCUUUUUGCCCUUCCUUGAGAAGUCAAUUUAGAGAGUCGGAGGGAUAUGGCCUCACCAAAGACAGUAUGGUACUUAAGUAUCCUCUUGGUAUUUUGCUGUAGUCUGGAAAAACAAGAUUGCUUGGAAACUCCAAAUGUAACAUCAGAGGAAUCACCCACUGAUGGAUCACAAGUUCCUUCUAGAGAAAAGCGAGAGGUGACAGCAAACCUCUCUGAGAAAAUCCUGAUCAGCCCGAUCUCCAGUGUGUUAACUAUAACAGAGAUUAACAUUACUACUGCAAUCCUCUCUGAGAAAAUUGGUGAAGUUGAGUUGGACAUCACUAAUAUUCCAGCUGAACUCAUAGAUGUCUUAAAGGCCAGUGUGAAAUAUCUAACCUACCCCAUCCUGAUCUCCAGUGUGUUAAAUAUAACAGAGAUUAACAUUACUACUGCAUGCUACCAAAACAGCAUUGGAUUCCAGUGCAGAUGUGAGGACCAGUAUGGUUGGUCAUGUGACCAGUGUUCCUCCUAUGGGUCCUGUGAUGACAUCAUUGAUGGCAAAAUAUGUGGAUGUGUCAAUGCUGUUCCUUCAAAUGGACAGUUCUGUCAGCCAAUCACAAAUCUUACUGCUUGUCCAAGUCCAACUACUCCAGCAGUGCCAUCAAACAUUUCUGGGAGAAUUAUUGAAAUUGAGUUGGACAUGACAAAUAUAUCAGUUACAUUGGUAGAUGUACUUAAGGCCAGUGUGAAUGGCCUGACCUACCCCAUUCUGAUCUCCAAUGUGUUAAAUGUAACGGAUGUGAACUUCACUACUGCAUGCUACCCAAACAGCACAUGCAGAUGUGAGGACCAGUAUGGUUGGUCAUGUGACCAGUGUCUCUCUUAUGGGUCCUGUGACAGCAUUGCUGAUGACUCCUGUGGAUGUAUCAAAGCCAUUCCUCCUGAUGGACCGUUUUGUCAGCCAAUCCCAGAUCUGACAGCUUGUCCAACACCAUCUCCAAUACCAGUGACAGCAAUCCUCUCUGAGAAAAUUGGUGAAGUUGAGUUGGACAUCACUAAUAUUCCAGCUGAACUCAUAGAUGUCUUAAAGGCCAGUGUGAAAUAUCUAACCUACCCCAUCCUGAUCUCCAGUGUGUUAAAUAUAACAGAGAUUAACAUUACUACUGCAUGCUACCAAAACAGCAUUGGAUUCCAGUGCAGGUGUGAGGACCAGUAUGGUUGGUCAUGUGACCAGUGUUCCUCCUAUGGGUCCUGUGAUGACAUCAUUGAUGGCAAAAUAUGUGGAUGUGUCAAUGCUGUUCCUUCUAAUGGACCGUUUUGUCAGCCAAUCCCAGAUCUGACAGCUUGUCCAACACAAUCUCCAAUACCAGUGUCAACAACAAAACAGACCACAGCAAGUUCAACAACUCCAACAACUCCCUCCAGUACGACAUCAAUACCAACAACAAAACAGUCAACAGCAAGUUCAACAACUCCAACGACACCCUCCGUAAACACACUGAACCUACAAUUUACUAUGGAUAUUACCUUUAACUCUACCUUUAAUGAUGAAAAUAAUGCAAUGUUCAAAGAUGUUGAUCAAACUAUCAGAGACGUAUAUAAGAGAAACAUGCGAGGCUUCAUAUCAGCAAAGUUAAAUAGGUUUAAGAGUGGAAGUGUAAUUUCAGAUUUUACUGUUAUGACAACAAUUGUCGAUAAUGAGGAAAUUGCAAAAGCAAAAGAUGAUAUUGUCUCAACAAUUGGAGGAAAAUAUAAAAUACGGUUUACCUGCUUGAAUAAUACGAUCUUUGGCAAUGGACAAGUUAAUGAAAUAGUUGUAGCUAACUGCAAAUCGGAUGAAGUGGGUUACAAGACUGCUAUUUGUCAAGAAAAUGGAACUUUUUCAGUUCGGGAGAACAACUGUGUCUUAAAAGAAAUUGAAAACCUAUUUCUUUUAUCUCAGACUUUAGUGGGGACUGAUCUUCCAGGCUUUUUGGAAAGACUCCGCAACAGCACUUUUAACCUCCUAGAUAGAAUAGUUGCAUCACCUGCAACUAUUUCUAUUAUUGUUGAUAUUCUAAAAAAUGUUGCAAAUGUGUCCCGAAGUACCCCAAUUAACAAACCAUUGAUGACGAAUUUUCUGGAAACGGCAGGUGUACUUACUUCAAAUGGAGCUAAAGCCUCCUGGGAUGUUCUAAACACCAACCUCACCAAAAACGAAAACUCAGUCUUUCUGGGCACCUUUGAAACAAUUUCCAAUUUUCUUACCAAUGACUUUUUUGACAUAGAAACGCCAAGCAUUAUUUUAAACAAAACCUCAGUCAACAACUCAGUCAACAACUCAUUCAAUUUAAACUCGUCUGUUCUGAUAGACAUACCGGCAUCUGAAGCUUCCUUCAAUUCAAUCACCAUAAUAACAUUUGACUCCUUGAAUAAUGUUUUACCCGCAAGAAACAGUAGCAGUCUGAACGACAGUGUCAACUCCAUCAACGGAAAAGUAGUUCUGGUGAAGGUGAAUGGCACAAUCAAGAAUGUGACUUUCAGUUUUGCCGUACUGAACGAGACACUGGGCAAUCCUCAGUGUGUUUUCUGGAACUUCAGCCUUUUUGGCGGACUUGGAGGAUGGGAUGAUAAUGGAUGUGAACUGCAGUCUGAUGAGGAUCGCACUGUCACCUGUCACUGUAAUCAUCUGACCUCCUACUCCAUUUUGAUGUCGCCUUUCAUUCCGGAUGCGUUUCGAGCCGCUUUGGAUUUUAUCACUUACAUUGGAGUUGGCAUAUCAAUGGGUUGCUUGGUCGUGUGUCUCAUCAUUGAGAUAUUGGUAUGGAAUGCUGUGACUGGAAACAACACGUCUUACAUGCGUCAUGUCUCUAUAGUUAACAUCGCCUUGUCCCUUCUGAUUGCUGACAUCUGGUUCAUUAUUGGUGCAGCAAUUUCAGAAUAUGACCAAAAAAAUGUACCUGCGUGUUCCGCAGCAACGUUUUUCAUCCACUUUUUCUACCUGGCUCUGUUUUUCUGGAUGCUGGUCUCAGGCCUUUUGCUGCUCUACCGGACUGUAAUGGUUUUCUCUCACAUGUCUAAACCAGCAAUGUUGGCCUUCAGUUUUUUUUUGGGAUAUGGAGCACCCAUCAUCAUUGCUGUCAUAACUAUCGCAGUUACAGCGCCAGUGAAAGAAUACAUCAGAGAUAAUGAUGGGGUUUGCUGGCUCAACUGGACAGAGUCAAUGGCCCUCCUGGCUUUUGUGAUCCCUGCCCUGACCAUAGUGGUCAUCAACCUUUUGAUCCUGAUUGUGGUUCUGUACAAAAUGCUGACGAGAGGUGUGGGGGAUGUUACCCAACCAGAUGAGAGAAAUGCUGUGGUGGUCAUCGCCAGGUGUCUGGCCAUUCUGACUCCCUUCUUUGGUACUACCUGGGGACUAGGAGUAGGAACCAUGACUAACCCAGAAAACCUAGGAAUCCAUAUUGUGUUUGCAAUCUUCAAUUCAUUACAGGGUUUGUUCAUCUUGGUAUUUGGAACACUUUUGGACAAAAAGAUCCGGGAAGCUCUGACAGGAAUGUCACAAGUGUCCUCCAACCGCACAAGGACCACAAAUGCUACAACAUCAUCGACAAGUGGUUUGGGCUUUUUCCGGAUACGGAGGAGAAAUAUUUUCAACAUUUCAGCAGCUCCAACAUACAGCACUACUGGUGCAUCAGAGACUUUCAUCAACACUUAACUCAAUGCCACAAAUGUGAUUAUUAUGAAAUAAUCUGACAAUCAAAAGGCGUUGUCACAUAUCAUCAAUUGAUGCACUAGGUUACAGUAGCUAACACCUUGAGUGUGACCUGAAAGUGACUGCACCAAGAUCUGACCCCAGCUCUCAGUGACGUCAUUAGUGGUUAUGUCUAACACAAACAUUUUUACAUUUUACAUUUUUAGUCAUUUAGCAGACGCUCUUAUCCAGAGCGACUUACAGGAGCAA